AUGGUCAGACCUCUACAUAUCGUCUUGGUUCUCGCAGCCUUGACGGUGUACCUGCACACAUCCAGUGCAUCCUACUUCUCUAAUGUUCAAUCAUAUAACACGACAUUGGGAUGUUCGAUGUACGGACUCAAUGCAAGCUACAUCGAGAACAGGACAUUCGCUCCAUCAAAGCCAGACCCAGAAAUAGCCAAUAACACUUGCCAGUUGGUACAUCCAGAGUACAGCGAAUUGGCAUGUUGCAAUAAUGCCCAAUCAUUGGUGCUCAAGAAUAAUAUGUUCAUUGGUGCCAGUAUCUUUGGAAGAUGUCCCGCCUGUCUGUUCAACGUUUGGGAUCUCUGGUGUGCCAUGUCUUGCUCACCAUACCAAGCCGAAUUUAUUAUCGUCACGGCCGUCAAGACGCCCAACGUCACCGACGCCAAGAUCACCAAGACAGAGUUCAUCCUGGACCCGACGUACGCCAGCGGCCUGUACAACAGUUGUCGAGACGUCGACUCCAACGGAGCCGGUCCAAUCGGCCAGUACUACACCAACUAUCCCGACUUCUUCAACAACCUGUUCGGCUCGCAGAACCCAGCCUUCAAGAUCCAGUUCGUCUUUGACCCAAUCAAGGGCUAUGGCAACGACAUCGUGCCCUGCGCGGCCACCUGCUCCUGUGACAGCUGCAGAGAUUCCUGUUACGCCCCCGAGGUCUUCAACGGUCUCACCUUCAACAACUCGCUCCCAACCACCGAGCUCUUCAACAAGAAGAUCCCAUUCCUCUCGCUCUGGUUCAUCUACUCAUACAUGGCCUUCAUUCUGACGCUGUGCGGUGCCUUUGCCCUGAACUACACCUUCCAGCUGUUCAAGCGCACCAACCGCGCCAGCUGGAUCUACGUCGCCUACGCACUCAUCCUCAUCUACCUGUCCGGUCUGCUGGUGCCCCUUCUUGCCGGAGUCGACCCCGCCUCGUCGGCCGAGUGCACCUACCAGAUGCCAUACGGACACAAGUGGGACUGUGGCCUAGCAAUCUUCAUCUCGAUCUACAUGCCCGUCGUCGUCAUCUUCUUUGCCGUGUUGUCCAUCCUCUUCUACCUGUUCCAGAACCAGCUGGGCGGCAACAACCACGGUUCCUACUCGGUCACUGACUCUGGCUACUCCAACAUCACAUCGCUCCAGUUUGGCGACGCCGGCCAAGCCAGCUCGCAGCCCAUCUCGCCCAGAUACGAGGGCAUCGGCAUCAAGGACCCAUCAAUCAUCCAGAAGAUGUUCUUCAUCUAUGGCCGCGCCAUCACCCGCUACCCCCUCUGGGUCGUCCUCGGAUGCAUCAUGUUCACCAUCGUCUGCUCCAUCGGCAUCAUCAACCUGCAGAUCGAGCAGGAUCCAGUCAAAUUGUGGGUAUCCCCAGACAGUCGUGCCGCCAAGGAGAAGGCCUACUUCGACGCCAACUUUGGCCCCUUCUACCGUACCGAGCAGCUGAUCAUCACCAACCGUUCCGACCCCAACGCCCAGAUCAUCAACAUGCAGAACCUCGUCACGCUCGUCGAGCUCGAGGAGGAGCUGAUGGGCCUCACCACCAUGUACAAGGGCGUCAACAUCACCUUGCAGGACCUGUGCUUCCAGCCCACCCACAAGGGAUGCAUUGUCGAGUCGGUCACCGGCAUGUGGCAGCGCAACAUUUCCAAGAUCGAGGACAACGACGUCUACGGCUACUUUGAGAACUGUCUCGGCAACCUGCUCGGACCAGAGUGCAUGGACGCCAUCGGCACCCCCAUCAACCCCUCUGUCGUGCUGGGCGGCUGGUCAAACAACUCGAUCAACGCCACCACCUUUGUCACCACCUUCCUGCUCAACAACGCCGUCGCCAACUUCUCCGUCAACGAGGCCUGGGAGUGGGUCUGGCUUGAGACCGUCAAGUCGUACAACGCACGCCCAGACUACCCCUUCCACAUUGCCUUCUCGUCGGAGCGUUCCGUCCAGGACGAGCUGGCCCGUGAGGGCAAGGCCGACAUUCCCACGAUCGUCAUCUCCUACUCGGUGAUGUUCCUCUACGUGUCCCUGGCCCUCGGUCGCUACUACCCCCUACCCACUCGUUUCAUGUCAAUCUUUGUCAACUCGAGAUUCACGCUCGGUUUGUGCGGCAUCAUCAUUGUCGCCUUCUCUAUCUCCAUCUCGGUUGGUAUCUGCAGCAUCAUUGGCAUCAAGGCCACUCUGAUCAUUUCCGAGGUCAUUCCGUUCCUUGUGCUGGCCAUCGGUGUGGACAACAUCUUUGUGUUGGUCAACACCUUCGAGUCGCUCCACGUCAGCACCUACAACGCCCAGACCAGAACAUCCAACCGCCCAAGACCCGAGGAGACCCUCGCCCGCGCCAUGGCCAAGGUUGGUCCAUCCAUGGCCCUUGCCUCGCUCUCUGAGUCCCUGGCUUUCCUGCUGGGCACGCUCACCAAGAUGCCCGCCGUCGUCGCCUUCUCCUUCUACGCUUCCGUCGCCAUCUUCUUUGACUUUUUGCUCCAGAUCAGCGCCUUCUCCUGUCUCUUGGUGUGGGACACCAAGCGUUCGGAGUCAAGACGCAUUGACUGUGUGCCCUGUCUUGAGCUGGACGACGGUGACAACUCUGACGACGACGAGCCCGAGAACCACUCACUCAUCGAGCGCGAGUCCACCAACUCCACCUACGACGUCGUGUACAAGCGCAAGGACGGCCUCCUCAAGAUGCUGUUCACCAAGUACUACGCGCCCUUCCUCAUCAAGCCAAUCACCAAGGUUGUCGUCAUCUGCAUCUUUGUCGGCAUGCUGCUCACCGGUCUCUCCUUCUCCUUCCAGCUGCAGCUCGGUCUCGAGCAGCAGGUCGCCUUGCCCAGGGACAGCUAUCUGCAGGACUACUUUGCCCAGCUGGCCGCACGUCUCGAGGUCGGCCCACCCUUCUACAUCGUCGUCCAGGGCGAGUACAACUACACCAACUUUGAGGACCAGAACCAGCUGUGCUCGGUCGGUGGCUGCAGCCCCAGCUCAAUCAUCAACAUUUACAACCAGGCGCCUUACGUCUUCCCCGGUAUCGCGUCGUGGCUCGAUGACUACAUCUCCUGGUGCCAGAACGGUGCUUGCUGUCUGGUGUACGCGAACAACACAUACUGCACUGAUCCAAGCGACCCGUUCUGCUCGCCAUGCUCUGACGUUGAGACUGGACGUCCCAACGUCGACACCUUUGUCGACCUGCUGCCCGUGUUCCUUAACUUUGUCAACACCUUUGAGUGUCCACUCGCAGGUCUUGCCUACCAGAGUGACACCCACAUCACCUCCCUUGGUGACCUCGACAAUGGUACCUCCCUCUCCAUCGUUGCCUCCAGAUUCGAUGGUUUCCAUACUACUCUCCGUACUCAAUCAGACUUUAUUAAUUCACUCAAGUCUGCAUACUGGGUCGCCGAUCACUCAGACCUUCCAGUGUUCCCAUACUCAGUGUUCUACGUUUACUUUGAGCAGUACUUGCACAUCCAGGCAAUCGCCGUGAUGGACAUUCUUCUGGCUUUGGCUGGUGUGCUCGUGGUCAGUUUGCUGAUCCUCCAGAACCCAAUCAUCUCGAUGAUCGUCGUGCUCUGUGUCGGUCUGGUCUCGAUCGACCUGCUCGGUGUGAUGGCCGUGUGGUCCGUCAACCUCAACGCCGUGUCUGUCGUCAACGUCGUCAUGGCCAUCGGUAUCUCCAUCGAGUUCUGUGUGCACAUUGCUCACACCUUCAUCAAUGCCCCCAAGUCCAUGACCAAGGACGAAAAGGCCAAGUUUGCUAUCUCCGAAGUCGGUAGUUCAAUUGUCAGUGGCAUCUUCAUCACCAAGUUGUUGGGAGUUGUUGUACUAGGUUUCUCAAAUUCUGAGAUCUUCCAAGUAUACUACUUCCGUAUGUAUAUCACUAUUGUAAUAUUAGGUGGACUCCACGGUCUUGUACUUCUUCCAGUGCUGCUGAGCAUCUUUGGCACCGACAAGUUCACAUUCUCCUCAUUCUUCAAGUCGAAGCAAGACCCACUCUCAUUACAAUACAACCAUCCAUCCAACUAUGGCACCCAAUCAAACAUUCAACCAAUCGAUGGAUAA